GACACGGCUUACUCAAGGACCUGUAUUCAGUCUGCAACAUGUCCGCGAACACUCUUUUUGGUAUUCUCGUGAUAACUUUGCUAGCAACUUUAAAUUGCGAGCUUAUUUCGGACAGCGGCUGGCAACCCAUAUCAAGUGAAAAAGUGUUUAGUUCAAGAAAUUUCAUUAAAACACAAGUAAAUCGAAAUUCCGAAGAAGCGCGGAAUGUGGAGGAAUUCACCGACAGUACAUUUGGAGGGAAUAUAAAAUUAACUGAUGCCCGUGAAAUAUUCUCUCAAGAUUUUCAUCCUAAAGAUUUUCAUUUCCAUACAGAAGAUGAACAAUCAUCACAGAAUUUGAAAAACGAACAAGAAUACCCAAGCACUGUAAAACCAAGUAACCGUAUAGCAAAGAAAAUGUCUCAAAAUGCAAUGAAUGAAAUAAUAGAUACAAGCGAAAAGAAUACAUAUGAAAUUUCUGAAGAUAUAACCGGUGAACAAAGUAACAUUAUACUAGAGCAGUAUCAACCCACAGAACGAAACCCAACAAAUGACUUCUUGAAGAUUCUAUCCAACUACAAUAUUAGAACAAGUGACAAAUUGCCAAAUUACUCCCUAUCUCUACGACAAAACAGCCGACAAUCGCCUGGCAAAGAUUUCGUCUAUACAAACGUUCCCUUAAGGAUACCACUUAGAUACAAUAGUCCUGAUCACCUUCCUGUUGAUCCUUUAAUAGCUGUUUUAUUAUCAAACUAUGGACAUUAUCUACCCGGUUACUACGGGGUUCAUGGAAAUUAUCAAAAUCUCUAUGGCUACUCAGCGUCUAAUAACAUUCAUAAUAAUAAACCUUUCGGUUCAUACAAAAUUUAUUCCGAUCUAAUAUAAAUUCUACUAAAAAUACGAAGUUAAAUUAUUAUUCAUAUCA